UCUACAAAAAACCUGGUUUCCAAAGCUCCAAAAUGUGUCACAUGGCUCUCCAAAAAUAUUUGACCCUUAAAUAUAUAUGUAGAGAGAGAGAGGGAUGGGUCCUUACAUGAUCGAUCAAUUAACUUUCUAGGUGCGUCGUUAUGGUUAUUAUAUUUUGGGCAGACCUGAACUGCAAUUUCUGGUUUGUUUUGGAUUUUAUUUGAUGUGGUAUAUAGUCUAGAAAAAGAAGAAAAUCUGAGCAACCUUACUUGUAGAGGUCAGCAAAAGAAGAUAGAGCUCUGAUAAGUAGAUAGCAGUUUGAUCUCGACAAGGAAGAGGAAGACGAUGCAGAUUUUCCCACCAGGACUAAGAACAAUUUUGAACGAAUGGGAGAUACAAGCUUUGGUUUUAGUUAGCCUUAGCUUACAAAUCAUCCUUUUCGUGAUGGGCAGUAGGAGAAAGUAUUGGACCAGUGACAUGCUCAGUGUCAUUCUGUGGAUCACUUACCUAUCUGCGGACUGGUCUGCCACAGUCUCGCUGAGUGUGCUUUCUAGCAAUGCAGGAAAUAUUGAAGAUAAUGCGGUAGAUCCAAAGUUUAUGAUAACGGCAUUUUGGGCUCCAUUUUUUCUGCUACACCUUGGUGGUCCAGACACUAUUACUGCCUAUUCCUUGGAAGACAAUGAGUUGUGGCGAAGGCACUCUCUAACAUUAGUUAUCCAGGUGGGAGUGGCUGUCUAUGUCUUCCUCAGAGCCUGGACAAAAACUACGCUGAAUUUUCUGGCCAUUCCAAUGUUUAUUGCCGGGAUAAUUAAAAUUUGGGAGAGAAUUUGGGUUCUGAGGUCCGCGAGCAGUGAAAUUUUUAAGGCAUCCAUGCUUCCAUCUCCUGAUCAGGGCCCCAAUUAUGCAAGAUACAUGGAAGAAUACCGCUUAAAGAAAGAGGAAGGGUUCGACGUUAAACCUGGUAAAUUCAGCGAUGCUUUGUUUGUAGGAGAUUUCUCCUUUACAGCCCCAGAAAACGUCAUGAUUUUAGAUGCGGCCGCUCUACAAGACGCUUAUCAUUUCUUCGAGACUUACAAGCAGCUAUUCGCAGAUCUAAUCCUCAGCAUCCAAGAUAAGGUGAACAGCCAGUCAUUCUUUCAAAAAGCAUCUUAUGAUGCCGCUUUUAAAGUGAUUGAGGUUGAGCUGGGUUUCAUGUUCGACGUAUUUUUCACGAAGGCCUUCAUGGUUUAUUCUAAAAAGGGCUGUCUUCUGCGUCUCAUCAGUUUCUUUUCUACCGUGUCUGUUCUUGUGGCUUUCUUGAUCAUGGAGAAGCAUGCCUUCACAACAGCCGAUAUAAUUAUCACUUAUGUAUUGCUGGUUGGAGCGAUCUUCUUAGAGAUAUAUGCCGUGUUAAUACUAGUUAUCUCAGACUGGACAAUGCUGAUGCUUAGUAAGCACAAGAAUUUCGUAGUGGAUUUCUUGUGCAAAACCAUUUCAAAAAUUCGAUUCUCUAAAAAUAAGAGGUGGUCCAAUACAAUGGGACAAUUCAAUCUAAUAAGUUAUUGUCUUGAAGAGAAGGCAGACAAGUUUCGUGUUAUCCAGAAGUUCUUAUGCAGGAAUCAGUUGCCAGAAAAGUCUCGAUACCAAGAUUCAGCGGAGGUUUCUAUGAAAUUGAAGGAAUUAAUAUUUGGGCUGCUACAAGAGAAAUCAAAGAGUGCCAAAGAUCCCAAGACUUGCAAGGGAUUAUGUGCUUAUAGGGGUGACCAGGUUCUUAAAAAUUCAAAAUGCGCUGAUUGCAAGGAGAAAGAAGAUCGCGAAUCAGAGGAGGAGAGCGGUGAGGUUAGAUUUGAUCCGGUUCUUCAAAAUGCAAAAUGCCAUUAUGAAAUCGGCGAAGAAAAUUAUAAAACAAUCGAACAGAGCGUUGAGGAAGAAUUUGACCAAAGCAUUCUUCUCUGGCAUAUUGCAACAAACCUUUGUUAUUAUUCAGAUUGGAACACAUCCCCGAAUUCUGUCAAAAUUCAAAAUUGUGAAGAAAGCAAGUUGUUAUCAGACUAUAUGUUAUAUCUUCUAGUCAUGCGUCCAUUUAUGCUUCCCAAUGGAAUUGGACAAAUCAGGUUCCAAGACACAUGGGCCGAGGCGGUUGAAUUUUUUCAAGAAAGAAAAUCCAAAUGUGUUGGCAAUCAAGCUAAAAUAAUUUUACUUGAAGUGAGUACUGAAGUUCCUCCAUCUAAAGUGAAAGGAGAUAGAAGCAAGUCAUUGCUGUUUGAAGGAUGUCGGCUUGCAAAAUCUUUGCAAUGUUUGGAAAAUGAAAAGAAAUGGGAGUUGAUAAGUCAUGUAUGGGUAGAAAUGCUAUGUUAUGCAGCCAGUAAGUGUCGAUGGAACCAUCAUGCUCAGCAGCUCACUCGUGGUGGAGAACUAAUCACUCAUGUCUGGCUUCUUAUGGCGCAUCUUGGUAUAACUGAGCAAUUUCAAAUUUCAAAGGGCCAUGCAAGAGCUAAGUUGAUUGUGCAUUGAAAUAGGUUGUAUUGUAUGGGAAAUGCUCUUUUAUUUAUUUUUUUUCCUCUCUCUCUUUUAAUUCCACGGUAAAGCAUUAAAAGAAUAGAUUUUCAUGCAUUUUGAUAUAUAUCUGUCAAAUAUGAUGUCCAAUUAAAGUUAAAUAUUUAUUAUAA